AAAAACGUCUCCAUCGAUGUCGUCAUCGUCGGAUCCGCCGCCGUACAGAUGUGGAGAGUCAUCUUUGUGUGUGGGAGACGAAGGGGCGCUUGAUUUGCUCCCCCGUACAGCGCGCGAGUAAACGGCACUGGCGCCGCUCCUCCGCCAUCUUCAACUUCCUAUUGUUUGCAUCCGACUGUCUGCGGUGUGGAUGUGAGUGGAAUCGGCUUCAGUUGUAGCCUCACACCGUCUGCGUAGUUAAGUCGCGACGGUUCAAGCACCACUCUAGACUACUUGCAUGUUUUUGAAUUAAGGACUUCUCGACCACUCGAACAGCGAUGAUGGACGACGAGCAGCCCAGAACCUUGUAUGUGGGUAAUCUGUCGAGAGACGUGACCGAACCCCUAAUCCUCCAACUCUUCGCACAAAUAGGACCCUGCAAAAGUUGUAAAAUGAUCGUUGAUACUGCAGGUAAUGACCCAUACUGCUUCGUGGAGUUCUAUGACCACAGGCACGCUGCCGCCUCAUUGGCGGCGAUGAAUGGAAGGAAAAUAAUGGGUAAGGAAGUCAAAGUCAACUGGGCCACCACGCCAACCAGUCAGAAAAAAGACACAAGCAAUCACUUUCAUGUCUUUGUGGGAGACCUAAGCCCGGAAAUCACCACAGAAGACGUCAAAGUUGCCUUUGGUCCUUUUGGUAGGAUAUCAGAUGCCCGUGUGGUGAAAGACUUAGCAACAGGGAAAUCUAAAGGCUAUGGCUUCGUCUCGUUCUUCAACAAGUGGGAUGCAGAGAACGCCAUUCAGCAGAUGGGGGGCCAGUGGUUAGGAGGCCGGCAGAUUCGAACCAACUGGGCCACGAGAAAGCCGCCGGUCCCAAAGACAAAUUAUGAAAACAAUUCCAAGCACCUUUCCUUUGAAGACGUCAUGAGCCAGUCCAGUCCCUGCAACUGCACCGUGUACUGUGGCGGAGUCAGCACGGGUCUGACAGAACAACUGAUGAGACAGACAUUCUCUCCAUUUGGACAAAUUAUGGAAAUUCGAGUUUUUCCAGACAAAGGCUAUUCUUUUGUGAGGUUUAACUCCCAUGAGUCAGCAGCUCAUGCUAUUGUGUCUGUGAAUGGCUCAGCGGUAGAGGGUCACAUGGUCAAAUGCUACUGGGGCAAAGAGACCCCCGACAUGAUGAACACGGUGCAGCAGAUGCCAGUGCCCCAGCAGAACAAGGUCAGCUUCCCGGCGGCUCAGCCAUAUGGCCAGUGGGGCCAGUGGUACAGCAAUGGACCACAGAUCAACCAGUAUGUUCCCAACGGGUGGCAGGUGCCCACAUAUGGCGUCUAUGGCCAGGCCUGGAACCAGCAGGGCUUCAAUCACUUACCGGCCAGUGCUGGGUGGACUGGCAUGAGUGCCAUCAGUAACGGUGGGGUUAUGGAGCCCUCACAGGGACUGAAUGGGAGUAUGCUAGCCAACCAGCCGGGUAUGGGAGCCACAGGAUACCCCACACACUGAUAAGCAAGCGGGCGUGUGAUUGGUUGCGCUGCAGUUUUGGCGGCACACUGCCCUGCGGGGCCUUGACAACGCCUCCACUUGUGGAUGGACUCUUUUACUGGGAUGUGAAACCUGAUGGCACAGGUUGACGCCUACAGAAGAUGUAAAUGGGCUUUGUUUAGGGGCUCGGGAGGAGUUGUCUGUGGUAAGCAGGACUGGCAUGAAUCAGGGUUCUUACCAUUUUAAGUUAACUGUAAAUGAUAAAACUGUAAAGGAGAAACCUUUUUUUCCUUCCUGGGUUUUACAGACUGCUUCCAUUUCGACACCCUUCUGCUCUCUGCCUCAAUAAGAAGUUUAUUUUUGUUAAACAUGUUACAAGUUCAUUUCGAGGGCUGAAGAACCUGGAAGUUCUUUAGUGAUAUAAAAAAAAUGCAGGGAUUGUUGCCACUGAUGUUUCCGUGUAAGGGCAGACAAGUAUUGCACAGUUUUUUCCUCAAAUUUAACAAGCAAGAAUUUUUUUCCCCUUUGUGUAUCUGACGGCCUCAAAACUUUUUAGCCCCAUGUAAAUAAUCAUCAGACGUCAUGUAAGUAAAAUGCAACUGUUAACUGUGGGUGCUUGCUAUUUUUCUUUUGCGUUACAAACUGCAGUUAACAAGGACUUUGUCCGUAGCCGAGUGGCGCACUGCGAUUCUUCCAAGCAGGGAUUUCGCUGCAGCAUCAUGCAGUGCUGGAUUACACUUGUAACGGUGAAGUUUUAAAGGGCAAAUACGUUGGACACUUCUUCUUUCCUCAUCUAUUGAAACUGUUUUCUAUCGAGUAGCGCAGUGGACCUGACCCUCGCACUCGCUUCUGUCUUUGCCAGAUAAACAAGAGGCCUACGUUAUUGCUGUUGCCUUAUAGAGCUGGUUUCUUUUACAGACUUCUAAAAUGAGGCCGUGCCUACAGACAAGUUGACAACCUUUUGUUCAGAGAGGCCCAGACUUCUACUGUAUUCAGUGUUUUCUUGCUUUGUUCAUUUAAAAUCCUCGUGCACACAGAGGAGGUGUGGUGACUUUUUCUAAUAAAGUGGCGACU